AUGAGCACUCAUGAUGCCCUCCACUCUUUCGACAUCCACAACGACCUCCUCGGGCGCAACUCUCUCGACUCCGUCUUUCAACCUGGCAUCAUCAACAACAACAACAACAACAACAACAACAACAACAACAACAACAACAGCAAUAGCAAGUGGACUAAACGAAUUCUCUUGACUGGAGGUGCAGGGUUCAUUGGCUCGGUGCUGGUCAGAAAGCUGGUGCUGAACUACCCAGAGUACUUGAUCGUCGUCGUUGAUAAGCUGGAUUACUGUAGUUCUCUCAACAACCUCCGCCCUUUCCUUGCCCUCCUCAACGAACAUGGAGAAGAAAUCGAUCAGGACACUGUAUCCUCAUCCUCACCUUCAUCCCCGUCGACAACAACAACAACAACAACAACAACAACAGAGAUACCAUGGACACAAUCGUCUGACACCUUGAAUCCCUCCGACGAUACCGACGAGUUCGAUCCACGCAAGGGCAACACCAGAUCCAACCCCUUGUACCCAAACUUUGUGUUUUUGGAGGGAGAUAUUACGGACGUUGCGUUUAUCGAGUCGACGAUGGUCGAGUACAGGAUUAAUACGAUCUUGCAUUUGGCUGCGCAGACGCAUGUUGACAAGUCGUUUGGGCAGUCGAUUGAGUUUACUCAGAAUAAUGUCUUGGGAACUCAUGUCUUACUUGAGGCAGCUAGGAAGCAUUUUGUACCUUCUUCCCGUAAGAAUGGUGGUAAAAAUGGACAGGAUCAGAGUCAGGCACACAGAAACGGUGACGGUGACGAAGUGGAGAAUCGGUUUGUGUUUGUCUCGACGGAUGAGGUCUAUGGCGAAUGUCGUCUUGGUCAGCCAGACUGCAAGGAAGACGGCCUAUUGGCGCCAAGCAACCCGUACUCGGCCACCAAGGCUGCUGCAGAAUGUAUGGUCCAGGCUUAUCACAAGUCGUUCAAGAUCCCUAUUAUUAUCACACGGAGCAAUAACGUUUAUGGACCCUUUCAGUAUCCCGAGAAGAUCUUUCCAAAGUUUAUCAUGCACUUGCUUUACCCGGACUCGUACAAGACCAAGUCAGGAUCAGGAUUGACAGAGGUGGACGGUGGGGAAUUGUCGGAGGGGCACUGUUACAUCCAUGGAUCGGGACAACAUUCACGGACGUACCUGUAUGUGGCGGAUGCUGCGAAUGCGCUAGAUGUGAUCUUGCACCGGGGACUUAUAGGCGAGGUCUACAAUAUUGGUGCGGGGCAUGAGUUGAGUAAUAUCGAGUUGGCCCAGAACCUGAUCCAUCGCUUGGUUGUUGAGCCCUUACCGUCGUCACCACUGCGCUUUAGGAAUGGGAUUACAGGAAACGGAAGAGGAUCGAAUGGAUAUGUACAGGAACCAGAGUGGUCUAUUGUUAAGAGACAGGAACGGGCGAGCCAUCACCAGCGCGAGUGUCGGACGUGUAUUGACCGGAUUGUGUUUGUGGAGGACCGGGCGUUCAAUGAUCAGCGGUAUGCUGUUGAUUCGACCAAGCUUGUUGGGCUUGGCUGGGCACCAACGGUAGACUACGAACAGGGCAUCGUCAAUACCAUCGAGUGGUUCAGGAACAAUGGAAAGUGGUGGUGGGGCGAUAUCCAUGGGGCGCUGUACCCUCACUCUGUGCGGCGGUCCACCUCUGAGCACGAGCACGUUGUCCACCCUUCCUCCAAGAAAUAA